CAGCUUUAGUUCGAAUAUAUUUUUAUCGGUUUUGCCGUUUGCGAUUCUCAUUUCCCACUCCACUCGGUUGCAUUUCAUUUGAUUUUCGGUCAUCGGCGAGACAACAACGACGACGACGCAAUAAAUAAUAAUAAUAAUAAUAAUAAUAAUAUUUUAUCAUUUCGGAUCUUUGUCGUUGUCGUUACGAUCGGUAAUCAUAGGGCAAUGUACUUAAGUACGGUCGUUGCAGCGGUGGUUGUUUUGUUAUUGUGGUGACGACUUAUCGGUAUUCCAACAACAAUAAUAAUAAUAAUAAUAAUAAUAAUAAUACGAUGAUGACGAUGGCUAUGAUAACGAGUGAUACGGAAUAGCAAGUCGAGCGAGCUGCGUACCGGCAGCGUUCCGCGUUAUUGCUGAUAAGAACCGUCCGUACUUAAUAUAAUAGGUUCCUACUUGGCCACAAUUCGAAUGAGUCGCUCUGCUGUUGCUGGUGCUGGCCGCUAUUGUUGUUUCCGAUUGACAGCAAUUGCCGUCGUUGUGCUUCGUUUCCACGUCCUGGCUAGCCGGAAGUGGUAGGGCCGUCAUGUCGCCUGAGAGACGUCAUCCUCGACCGUCGACGAACUGUUACCAGUGAUCCGCCCCCAUUGCGAUCCACAAGAAACGAUGGCCGGGUCCGUCAUUGCCGCUUCGAUCCUGCUGCUGCUGUUGAGCUCUGCUGAUGCAUCCGCGGUCGAUUCGCUGCUGGCUGAACCAUCGUGCGUCGAUUACUUGAAAUUGAGAUGUGCCAACGCGGGCACUGCGGCUGUGUCAAAACUUGACAUUCUGGAAUGCAUACAGCUCUACGAGGAUUCAGAUUUUUCGGGCAACUGUCCAAAAGCCAUAUGGACUCAUUUAAAAAAGUUUAUGGCAAAAGAAAAUCUUCGAGCUGUAUUAUGGCCAAAAUGUAGAUAUGAAAUUGAAAAACUCAACUGCGAACGAGACAAGAAUUGGUUUGGUUGCAUAGUUGACAAAAAACAGAGCAUUAGAAAUACCGACUGCAUUCAUUUAAUAAUGCGAAUAGAAAAUAUAGCAUUUUCUGAUUUUAGACUAAUCACAAAUUUUUCAAACUCAUGCCAAGAUGAUAUAAAAAAAUUUCAUUGUUACAACACUUCUGUCAUAGAUACACUGUAUCGAGGACGUGUAUUAGAAUGCCUUCAAUCCAAUAUAGACAAACUUUCUCCAAAGCAAUGUUUACCUUUAGUUUAUAAACUAUCCGAGUGGCAAGCAGAUAAUAUAAAAUUUGAUUAUUCCCUUCAUAUGGCCUGCUUAAAAGACAAAGAAAAAUUAUGUGCUGACAUUCGAACUGGUAGUGGUCUUGUUUACAACUGUCUUGCUGGACAUAUUGGUAGUGGACAAAUGUCACUUCCGUGCCAAAAUCAACUUUGGAGGAGAGAAAAAUUGAUUUCUGGUAAUAUUAGAGUCAGUAAAGGAUUAACUAGAGCAUGCAGAGAAGACAUCCGCACAUACCGCUGUCGAAGAUUAGUAUCUGAUGAUAAGGAUGUACGCUUGGCACAACUUUUGCUGUGUUUAGAAAAUGCUAUACAUAAUGGCAGUAAAGUAUCCUCUGAUUGUCAAUUUGAAUUAAUGGAACAUCGAAAAUUGUUACUCCAAAACCACCAUUUAUCACCAGAAGUUGUUUCAACGUGUUCUAAUGAUAUUGAAAAAUAUUGUAGAAAUAAUGAAGUUAGCAGGCGAACAAUUCAUUGUUUAAUGGACCAUUCUAAGCCUUCACGUCAAAAAAACCGAAUAGAUAAGUCUUGUCAAAAAUCGUUACAAAAACUUAUGCGCAUCACAAAUAUUGGUGAAGACUGGAGAGUAGAUCCUGUACUCCAAGAAAUGUGUCAGUCUGAAGUUGAUAAAUACUGCUCUGAUAUACCUCCUGGUUAUAACAGGGUGAUAUCCUGUUUGUUGGAAAAGUUAUUUGUGGGAUCAGUUCAAGAUAAAUGCAAGAAUGCAUUACUGCCAGUUCAAUAUUUUAUUAAUCGCGAUUUCACAUUAGAUCCUGCAUUAUAUCAAGCAUGUUAUUCGGAUGCAUCAAGAAUAUGCAAAGCUACUGGAGAUUGGAUUAAAGAAUCAAAAGAAAACUUGAUUUUGCCAUGUCUUACUCAGUACUAUCGACCCUUUACAUCAUCUUCAACUGGAGCAAAAUAUAAAUUAAAACCAAAAUGUAAAGAUCAGGUACGGAAAGUUAUGAUACAAAGAGCUAUUAGUGUAGAUCUAAACCCAGAAAUUGCAGAAGCAUGUAUUAAAGAUCUUCCAAACUUUUGUCACAAAAAAACCGGUGUCGGAGAGGAAAUGCUCUGUCUACAAGACCACUUUAAUAACAAAAAAAUGACAAAAGAAUGUAAGGAAUCGAUAAGGCUGUGGACAGAAGCACAAGCUGAAGAUAUUCAGCUAAAUCCCGUUAUUAGAUUACAUUGUAAACCAUUCAUUCAACAAUUUUGUUCGGCUGAACUUUUAUCUAAAGAUGAAAUUGGUAAAAAUGAUGUAAUGGACUGUUUGAUCAAAAAUAAAAAUGAUCCUGAAAUGAAAACAGAAUUAAAAUGUCGUGCUGCUGUGGAACAUUUUCAAUUGAUAUCUAUGAAUGAUUACCGUUUUACUUUAUCAUUCAAAGAAGCUUGUCGAUCAACUGUUAUUAGGUAUUGCCCCAAGUCUCGCACCAAACCAGAGGUUGUAGCAUGUUUAAGUGAAGUAGUACGUAAUGAUACUAUAACUGACUCUAAACAUAAAGUCACAAAACCAUGCCGACAACAAUUACGUGCUCAGUUAUUACAGCAACGUGAAUACUUAGAUUUAGAUCCGGUUUUAAAAAAUGCAUGUCAAAAUGAUAUUGCAAAACAUUGUUCUAAUAUGGAAUCUGGUUCAGCACAGAUUUUAGUGUGUCUUGAAAUGAACAAGAGCUUAUUGUCAGAUCAAUGUCAUCGAGUAAUAUUUUUAAUCCAGAGACAAGAUUUGACCGACAGUUCGUCAGAUUAUGUUUUGUUAACAAAAUGCCAUAAGAUGUUGCAGCUAUACUGUAAAGAAGAAAAUUCCUCUCGAGCUUUGAGCUGUUUAAAGAAAUUCAAACAUGAUCUGACGUUUGAAAAACAAUGCCAAUCCCUUGUAAUUCAACGUAUGAUUGAACAAAGUGAUGACUAUAGACUGGAUCCAGCACUACAUCAUAGUUGUCAAGCAGACAUCAAUUUAUAUUGUAGUCAAAUAUUGGCUAAGUUACGGCCAGAGUCCGAGUAUAAUGGAAAAGUUUUACAAUGUUUAAAAGAAAAGUUUAGACUAAGAAAGCUUAAGCCAGAAUGCGAGAAACAAGUAUCUAUUACUUUACGUGAAUCUGCAUUAAAUUACAAAUUAAAUCCAUUGUUACGAAGUCUUUGUACAACCGAGAUUAAAGAGCUCUGCCGAAAAGAAGAGCACAAUGAAGGCAAUGGUGAUAUAGAAGAUUCUGGACAAGUGGAAGAAUGUUUAAAACAAGCAAUGAGUCAUGGGUUAAUAGAAAGUCGGGCUUGUCGUUUAGAAGUAGCUGGAUUGAUUGAAGAAUCCAAAGCUGAUAUAAAUGUAGAUCCGUUGUUACAACGAGCGUGUUUUCUGGAUAUUACCAAGUACUGUGAUGAAGUUCCUCAAGGAGCAGGAAGACAUUUACAAUGCCUACAAACUGUUGUUCAAUCCAAAACUAAAACGCUCAGUGCCAAGUGUCACGACAUGCUAUUGCAGAGGAUGGAAAUGUUUAAGAACGCUAAAGCAUUGAUUUAUCCAGAGAGUUUACAACAGCUGUACGGACAAGUUGCCAAAUCACCUUCUAAGAAAUACCUAAUAGUUGUUUUAUUCACUUUCACGGGACUUAUAUUUAUAGUUGGUUUGUUUUGUGGCCGUGUUAGUCGAAGGAGUGCAAUUUCUAAAAAAAAAUAGAUUAUAUUAUGUUGUUAUCGGCUAAUACUGAUAGGUAGCUUAAUUUAAUAUUAAUGAAAUGAUUUUGUGAAUCUCUCUUUAUAAUAUAUAUAAUAUAUAUACAUUUUAAGUUGAAGUAUUUUAAGUCCAUUUUAUAAUAUGCUAUUUACUGUUAGAUGCACUAAUGUUAACUAUUAUGAUAUAAUAGUGGUGAUUUUAGUUUUAAUGCAAUGAACAAAACAAUGAAAAUAUUAUCUAAUAUCUAUUGUUGUAAGGUUCA